CCCUUGUAGGAUGGCUGCUCCAUGAGGUCAAGACUGGGUCUGCUCCCUUCUCCCGCUUUUCCAAUGCCUGGCCUCAAGGGGUUACUUUCGGGUCCAGCACUAUGACAUCACCAACCUCCCUGCCAACUCCUAACUCGCGGUCCAGGAAGCCAAUGGGCAGGAUGGCUGACUGGUUCAGGCAGGCCCUGCUGAAGAAGCCCAAGAAGCUGCCCGUCUCUCCAGAAAGCACCCCCAGUGAAGUCUCACAGCGGACCUCACGGGACAGCCCCCCACCCGUGAGCCUCAGCUCAGUCAAGCCUCCCACCUCCCCACCACCACCCGUGGGCGCCAGCAGCAGCGGCCGCUGGAGCAAAGACUAUGACGUGUGUGUGUGCCACAGUGAGGAGGACCUGGCGGCCGCCCAGGAACUGGUCUCCUACCUGGAGGGCAGCGCCGCCAGCCUGCGCUGCUUCCUGCAGCUUCGCGACGCGACCCCAGGGGGCGCCAUCGUGUCGGAGCUGUGCCAGGCCCUGAGCGGCAGUCACUGCCGCGUGCUGCUCAUCACCCCCGGCUUCCUCCAGGACCCCUGGUGCAAGUACCAGAUGCUGCAGGCCCUGACCCAGGCCCCCGCGGCAGAGGGCUGCACCAUCCCGCUGCUCUCAGGCCUCACCCGAGCCUCCUACCCGCCUGAGCUCCGCUUCAUGUACUACGUGGACGGCAGGGGCCCCGACGGCGGCUUUCGCCAGGUCAAGGAAGCUGUCAUGCGCUAUCUGCAGACACUUAGUUGACUGUUGUGUCACGGUGAGACCCAGAAAGUUGGAACAAAGCUGGGAGUAGAGUGACAGAGCCCAUCCAGGGCCUCAGGUUGCAGCAGAAGAUUUGACAAGACUAGAAGGAGCCAGAAUCUGCAGCACGUUGUAUGUGACCCUGGGACCAGACUACCUAUCAGGCUGCUGUCUCUGUGGGCUCCCAGAAGGCUGUGUGGAAGUGGGGGACUCCCCCAGGAAGGCCAUGAGGAAGUCAGGGACUCCAGGAAGGCCAUGAGGAAGUCAGGGACUCCCCCAGGAAGGCCAUCAAGAAGCCAGGGACUCCCCCAGGAAGGCCAUGAGGAAGUCAGGGACUCCCCCGGGAAGGCCACAGGAAGCCACAGAGUGGAGGCAGUAGGAGGUGGUGCCGAUACCAGGCUGACCACCAGGUGCUUUGCCUCCUGCCUAACUGGACACAAAGCCUGGUACAUACCUAUGUUUUCUUCCCUGGAGUCAGGCACCGGGGCAGAUAGGCAUCCCUCCUGAAGAGGUAACUAGACAGCGUGCCUCAGCGUGGAUGGUUUUCCCUGCCGCCUGGGCUCAGUAGUAGGUGUCAGGAGAAAGCAACAGGCUUCAAGUCCUUCACACUCAGCACCACUGUUCUCUUUCCCAGGUGAAUCCCACUGAUUCACUUCCAGAAGCGACAUGACAGACGCACUCAGCAUUGUAAUGUAUCUUACUGCAUGAGUGUCGUUAAAGACUCAAACCUACAAGCCAUUCUGCAUGUACAGGAGAGGGGAGGGGGCAGAUGGGGUGAAGACCAAGGGAAGGCAGGGCCCAGAGCCUUCACCUGGGAUCAAAAGGCCCCUGGUAGCAACAACAGCAGCAAAUUAAAGGCAAAAUGUAAAUUAGAAUUAAAGAAUUACGACUUUACAUCACACACACACACACAAAAAGGCCACUGGUGCUUUGGACCUCAUCAGGGGUUUGGCCAGAAUUGAUGCUUUCGCGGUAGCUGUCUUCACCUUUGGAACGAGAAGGAUCAGCAUUUUGCCUCUGGCAGAUGACUGUGUACCUUGUCGGACAGGGAAGGUUUCAUUCAUCUGUUCUCAAUAAAAGGUUGUUGAACUGAACUGAAUUUCAUCGUUCCCCCAAUGCGUACUUUUGUGCCUCUUCUCUCACUUCAGCCUGCCACGUCCUCUCCUUUUACCUGACCCAAGAUUAUUUUUUGAAUACGGAUUAUUAUAUUACAUGCAGAAGAACUAAACACUGUACCGCACACACGCAUCUACCA